AGUUUAGGGUAUAGAAGCCCCAAGGACCCCAGAUAUCAUGAAUCAUUAUUAAACAUGGAUAUAAUUUCAAUACCCAGUGCUAAGCGGGAUCAUUGGGAUGUCCCGACCUUAACCCCUACUUUAUUAAUUUAAAAUUGAAUUUAAAAUGUUAACUUCAGUGGAGUAGAGACGUCCCAAUGAUACCGGAUAGCACGGACCAAUCGCAAUUGCUUCUUCCCUCCUCAAACCACAUUGGACGAGAGAGCCAGAAGUCCUGCCCCUCCGACCUACUCCUCCAAUGGGUUUUGAGGAGACGAGGAGAAUGUGAUUGAGAUUUCCCCAUUGAGUCCAUGAGGAGGCUUGUGUGACUUUGGUAGAGGUAGUUUUUGAACUAACACUUCACUGUUGACCGAGGAGAAUUUAAAUGCUAAGCAUGUAGUAAUGAUUUACCACUGCUGUUUUAAGCGUGGUUUUGUACGAAACCAUUCGUUUGGUUCAUGUGCGGUUGAACAGUGUUUAGCCGCAAAGUAAGUCAGCUUCGCUAGCUAGGUAAAGUUAGCUGGCUAUCGGAGAUUCGAUGUCGUUUGCUGGUUGUUACAUUGAGCUGUUGCGAUAUUCAUAACGUUGACAUGUGGUGUUACUAUGUGGCCGUUGUAUAAGCUAUAUUUGCAACUUCUCAUCCUAGCUUACUUUCAACCGGAAAUAGUAAACCGAGAAGUGAACAUGCAUAUCUUAUAGUUAUAGCUAGUUGAACUAGCUAUAAGUGUGCAGUAGUACAGAAUGCUGCUCUCCCUGGUUGUGCACACAUACUCGUUGCGGUACUGGUUUCCUGCAGUGGUAAUGCUAGGCACAGCUCCGGUUUAUGUGCUGUCAUGGGGUGCAUGUCGUGUGCUUACCGCUGUCCUCCCAUCAAGACUAUACCGCAGGAUGGACGACCACCUCUAUAACAUAUACCAGAGCCUCGUCCUAUUUUUCUUCGAAAACUAUACCGGGGUGGAGAUUGUUAUUUAUGGAGAUGUGCCAAAGAAAAAAGAGAAUGUUGUCUACCUUUCCAACCAUCAAUGCACAGCGGACUGGAUCAUUGCUGACAUGUUAGCCAUUAGGCAGAAAGCACUUGGCCAUGUGAGAUACGUCCUAAAAGAUGGGCUGAAAUGGCUCCCAUUAUACGGAUGGUAUUUCUCUCAGCAUGGCGGUGUCUACGUGAAGCGAAGCGCAAAGUUUGACGAGAAGGCAAUGAUAAAGAAGCUCUCGUCACAAACAGUGUUGGGAACACCAAUGUAUCUUGUCAUCUUCCCAGAAGGAACCCGAUACAACCCUGAACUCAAGAAGAUGAUCAGCGACAGUCAGGCUUUUGCCACUAAAGAAGGGCUGGCUGCCUUAGACCAUGUUCUGACCCCAAGAAUGAAAGCCUCUCACGUUGCCAUAGAGACCAUGAGGGAUCACCUGGAUGCUGUUUAUGAUAUCACCGUUGUGUAUGAAGCUACACUGGGCAAAAGCAGUGAUAGACAACCUGCCCCAACCAUGCCAGAAUUCCUGUGUAAGGAAUCUCCAAGAGUUCACAUCCACUUUGAACGUGUGGACAUGAAGGAAAUUCCUCCAGAGUCUGUGUUUUUCCGUGGGUGGCUGCACAAGCGAUUUGAGAUCAAGGACCAGAUGUUGACUACUUUCUAUGAGUCUGAGGAUCCAGACAAAAAAGGCAAAUUCCCUGGAGAAGGUCAAAGGUCCCAUCUGAGUAUUAUGAAGACGUUGCCAUCGCUGCUAUUUUGGGGGGGGCUAACACUGCCAAUGCUGAUGACGGAGUCUGGCAGGAAACUCUAUGUCCGAACCUGGGUGUAUGGGACUCUGUUGGGAUGGCUCUGGGUGAAUGUUAGUCCAUAGGAAGCUUGUGGUGGUCAUCAUGCCAUCUGCUCUGGGUAUGGAAAUACCUUGCCCUUUCACUCACCCAUCAAGCAGGUGAGUGUGUUAUUUUCAAACAAAGCACUUGUUGCUGUUAAGGUUUAUGGGCUUCUACAAUUCUUUCCAAAUGUAUGGCUCAUUUCCUAACUAAACAGCUGUAAGAGAGAUUGGGAGAGAGAAGCAGUUUUGUUUCUUGUGCUGCUUGUUUUUUGCUCUAUUGUUGUGUGCAUCAGAACUUGCAUCCAGAUAAGGUGAGAAAAAUAUAAAUGGGGUAUGUUGAAAUUAGGCAUAUUUCUUUCUUGAAUUUCCCCCUUUAUCUCAGCCAUAAAGUAUGACUCGAUAGAUUUCUUGCCUAAACCCUUUAGGCCUGUUACAUAAUAAAUGUAGCCAAUUCUUUACUUUUGCAUGUCCAGUGUCCAGCAUCCCUUUUCAACAUGAUGUAAUCUUUCAUUAGUUGACUAGAGUUAAGAGUUCAGCUCUCUGUUUGAGAUGUUAUGCUGCGCUCAUGUGAUCUUGGAAUUAUUGACAUCUCGGGACAGAAACUCCCCAAAAGCUCCCAGAAUGUUCAGAACUGAGGUUACAACAUCCAAAAACGUUCUUUGAGUUUCCAAGUAGUAAAUCGGAGUGGGGAGUUCACAUGUAACAAUAACAUGUAUCAUACUCUGAGUCUGAGCUUCCCAGUAGCUUCGAGUUUACUAUUCUAAGAAGCAUGUGAACCCAGCAUUAGAGAACAGAUUUAAUAUUCAGUACUCAUUCAAAAAAGAGUGAUUAGUGUUUAUCCAAUUGAUUGAUAUGUUCAUGAGGGUGAUGUAGGGUUUAGGUCUAGUGAUGGUUACUUAGCCAUACAUGUUUAAUGUUCUCUUUUUUUAAUGCCAAGUUCCAAGGUGUCUGCUGUAUUUGUUUUAUUUGUUUGAGUUGUUGCAAAAGUUCCACACAUUGUUGCCAAACUACAUACAAGUGCAGGGGUAUCAAAUGGAUAUUUUAGGUGGAGCAACACAUCAGUAAUCAGGUCAAUGUCCUGUCUGCUCUACCUGAAGAACCAAUAUUGUAUUGUCUUUUGUAGUUGACCUAAAGAUUGCAAGUGUACUACAUUUUCAUUAGAUUUUCUAAAACAAAUUCUGUUGGUACAGCUUGUUAUUCAGAGGAAAUGUUGUGUACACUGCCUUUAUGCCAUGUUAUAGGUUACACAAGGGGUAUGGAUAGCUAUGUAUUGAGAAGGCCAACUGUAGAGGAUUCCUAUAUAGAAUUAAUAUCUUUAUACAAAGCCAACUGCAUAAUAUGCAUCACUAUAACAAAAAAAUACUAUGUCCAUUGUUUUUCAUAAUAUAAACAUGACUUUUUCCACUGUCACUUUACAUGACGCUAUUCUUAGCUUAUUUAUUUAUUAAAGGACUCUUCCGAUAAAGAUUUAAUUAGGCAGUUGUAAUAGCAACUGCCACGCCAAGGCCUCGCUUACUUAUCCUUCCCUUAAUAACAAUGUAACGACAAAACCGUUAAAACGUUACUUCAUUCAAUUUGUUUAAUUCUGUCAAUUUGAUUAAAAAAGCAAACAAGCUGAUUGUAAAUAAUAAAACAAUUCUUGUAGAAACUAUUGUGCCAAUUGUCCACAGAAAUGUAUGCCUUCUGUAGGAGUUAGUCAGUCCUUGGCUUCGCUUCUACUGAGGACGGCAUGUAAUGACUGCACUGGGACUCCCUCUACUGGACAGCACUUGAACUGUUCUGCACACCACAGUUUAUUGGUCUGUUCAGUUUUUUUGUAUUUUUUUAUUUAACCUUUAUUUAACUAGGCAAGUCAGUUAAACUAAUUCUUAUUUACAUUAAUGGCCUACCUGGGUGACACUGGGCCAAUUGUGCGCUGCUCUAUGGGACUUCCAAUCACGACCGGUUGUGAUACACCCUGGAAUCGAACUAGGGUCUUUAGUGACGCCUCUAGCACUGAGAUGCAGUGCCUUAGACCGCAGCACCACAGUUCAUGAGCUUUUGGUGGGCAGUAGUAUAUGCAGGAAUAUUUUUGUUUUAAAGUACUUGAUUUUGAGAAACUUGUGGAAUUUCUAAAGUAAUGUUUUAAUAUUUGAAAUGUUUUGUGGUAAAUAAAGUACCUCUUGGUGUUUCAUUAAGCUAAGAGGAGUUUUUUUUUUUUCAAUGUCCAUGUCGUUUAUUUUCUGAUAUGUACAUGGAUAGACUAUUGCUGAAAUGUUGUAGUACUGGGACUUCUACCGCUGCCAUCGCUACAGAUCAAACAUUCCUAUAAAAAUAUAUGGAAUGAAAAUUGAAGGCUCUGAAGUUUAUAAUCUUUGCAUGUUGAUUGAAUAGAUUUCAAUUUUUUUAUGUUAAUUUCAAAAUGUCCCUCUAAAACUAUCUAAUGCACUGCUUAGAACGUUCAGAAGAUUGUGCUGCUCUUAUGCCUGACCUUGAAUACUUGUUAAUGCAGUGCAGCCAAAGAGACAUACUUAUGUACUUCGACCUUAUGUACUCUCCUUUACCCUAUAGCACAUAAAUGAACCUGAUCAGAAACCAUAAACUUGUUCAGUGAUGAUUCAAGCAUGCAUGUGUUCAUAUGUGUUUUUGAGACUUUAGUAAUAAAGGAAUGACAUUCAAAAUAA